UUUCUCAAUCUUUAUCUGCCUCAACAGAACAUCAUUUCUCGCACCCCAAACACAUUUUUCUUGAUUAAAAACAAAACCAAAAGAAUACAAAAUUUCAGAUGAUCCCUUCAAAUCCCAAAAAUAUAGUAAUAGAAAAGGCCAAUCUCCCCUGUUCAUCAUCCCCUGUUUUCUCCCCUUCUCCCCACACACACUCUACAAAACAAAACAUGUCCUCUGUUUGUCAAGGGCUGCAAUCCUGUUUGGAGCCCCUUUCACUCGAACCACUUGUUUUACUGCACCAAUUGGCUCCAUCCAAACCACCCUUAUCCUUCCCAUGGCCUCAAAAACAACCUGAUAUUCCUCGUCCCCAAUCCUCAAACAUCUUUCCCAUCGAAAACAUGUGGGAAAAAACCGACAGAAAUGGCCAAGAAUCCACCCCCACUACCUGGAAUUUCACAUACAACUGCAGACUACAGUCAACUGAUGAAACAGAGCAAGUGUAUGUCCACCCCCUCAUCAAGCGCUCCACCUCUUCUCUCAGCACAAGAAGCCUGGAAAUGUGCACCGAGAGCUUAGGCAGCGAAACUGGAAACUGCAUUGAUUCAUUUUCUCAUCAUGUAUUCGAUAAUAAUCAGAUUUCCAGCAGAAAUAAGCAGACGAAAACCGGACAACUCCCCAAGAAAGUUAAACACAGCAGCAGCUUCCCACCUCCUCUGACUUCCAUCAGUGGGAGUGACGGCGUUCAGGUUCAGACUCAUCGCGAAGGCGGCCGACUGGUGAUUAAGGCCUUCAGUUUCUCGUCUUGCAGCACUUAUUUUCAGACAGAGCGCGAAAACGGCAGGCUCAGGCUUUCUUUGCUGAGAGAUGAGCAUGAAUUGGGUGACAACAACCAAGAAGAAGAAGACGGAGAAGUUGUUGACGACGAAAACAAGGAUGAUGAGGCCGAAAAAUAUUGCUGUGAGAGUGAUGAAGAAGACGAUUUUAAUGGGCGUUUAUGGGGAGAAAAUCUGAAGGACUGGUCCAGCAGCAGAUGCAAUGGGGAUAGGAUCAGCAGCAGAAAGAGGCUGCCGAGUUUGCCAUAUUGCGUGGCGAUUUCUUGAAAGAAUUUCUGUCUUUUGGGCUUUAAAUUAAGCUUGCCAACCCAAAAGAUAUAUAUAUAUAUAUAUAUAUAUAUAUAUGAUUGCUUAUGUUUUUGUUUUUCCUUGCCUUGGUUUUCGCAAGUGGUAGUUAAUAUGGUUAGAAAACAUGAUUCUGUAGCAGGAUUUUUCUGCCUUUUGUUUUCCACAAAAUGGCAGUUAUUAUGGUUACUGGGCAUCAUCCAUCUGCUCUUGUUAAAUCUUGAUUGUUUAAUGCCAAAUCUUGUAUUUAGGUUUAUGGUUUAGUGGGCAUGCAGUUGUUGAAGUUGGCAGCCCCAACUGCCCACAAUGAUGGAGAUGAGCAAGAAGGAACCAAGUUGAUCCUCAUAUCACUGAAUUUUUCAAACGUCUCAUCACUUUCAUGGUGGUCACACUCACUCCAGCAAUACGUUUGAUUCUUUCAGCAACAUGCCCCAAAACCACCUCUUUUUGCUCUUCUUAAUCAUUGAUCUUGUACGGUGUACCAACAUCAUCCAAUUCCCCUUCAAAUGUCUUCAUCUUCAAAUAUAAGAAAAAGCAAGCCCUUCAACUUUUCAAAAAGAAAAGGGCAACGUGAUGCGACCCUACCAUGCAAGAGACACUGAGUUUCU